UUCCGUUGUCUUUUUGGGUGUAGAUGGAUAAGAUUUGGAAUACAAGAGCAUAGAAAGGACUGGAAACGAAACGUUCAGAACAAAAAACGAAAUGCCUACCUAUUUCCUCACUGGCGCCAACCGGGGUAUCGGUCUCGAGUUCGUCCGGCAGCUAUCUGCAGACGCAAACAACAAUAUCAUCGCCGCCGUCCGAUCGAAGAAAGGCGACCUUGACGAGCUGAAAGCCUUGACGACCAAGGGAAACGUCCGCAUCAUUGAAUGUGAUGUCUCGUCCUUAGAUUCAAUAUCAAGCCUGGAGUUCCGCGUCGCAGAGAUCCUUACGAAGACCGGGGACUCCAUAAACUACCUCUUCAAUGUCGCCGGUAUAAACGCUACAUCCUCGGACACCUCGCUCUCGAUAGACCCAGCGUCCUUACAGAACCACAUGAAUGUGAACGUCCUUGGUCCGGCCAAGAUCGUGGAGACCCUCCAGCGGUAUCUGGCAAGAGGUGCAAUGGUGAUGAAUAUGACGAGCGGGCUUGCGAGUAUGACCGUUGCGAAAGAUAUGCCGAAGUGCUGCACAUACUCUAUCAGCAAAGCAGCUCAGAAUAUGCUGUCGCUCCAUCAGGCGAGGGAAUUGAGGAGGAAUCACGCGAUUGUGAUAUGCAUGGAUCCUGGCUGGGUGAAGACGAGAAUGGGUGGAAAGGGCGCCAUGGUACAGCCGGAAGUCAGUAUUGCGGGCAUGCUAGACGUCUUGAAGGGACUGAAGAAAGAGGACAGUGGGAAGUUCUUCAGGUUCGACGGAAGCCAGGUCCCUUGGUAGACAGUCGGACUUCGGAGA